AUGGAAUGGCGGAAGCCUUUGCUCGCUGCUGGUGCUGCGUCUUGUGCAGUUGCCGUUGUUUGGUACUUGCGGAAGGCUCGGGCAAGACCCGUGGCCCUCGAUGACUCGAGGGGCGAGGAGGACAAGCAAAAGCGAAAUGAAAACGAUGAUGGUGAGGGCUUGGCCAAAGAGCAGCUCAAGCAAAUCUUGAAAGACAUGAUCAAGUGCCAGGAACAAAUGAAAAGUUUCAUCAAGGACUUGACGCAGGAGCUGGGUACAACAGCAUUGAGCUUCCAUGAGACCUGUCAGCGAGUGAAACAAGUUCAGCCGGCAGACCCUUUAGAAAGUCGUGGCUUGAAAGUCAUGGAAUUUGACAAGCUUCUCUUGAAACAUCAGCAUGACAGCGAUGUGCGCGAUGCCAUUGCAAAAAUCAUGGGUGCGCCAAAUCCAACAAAUGCCGUGUCUGACAAGAUCCAGUCCAUCAGCGUGAAAGACAUCAUCGACAUCCACACGUUCAUGCUCCAGGAGCUGCAGCAGCUGAUUAAGGAGCAUUCUGGUUCUGAAAGAAAGGAGGCCUUCGACACCAAAACUGUCACCAUCGCGGCACAGGCGAUCAUCGGAUCCAAGUUUGAGACGCAGUUCAGUUUAACGUCGGAGGACGUUGAAAGCGCAGUGCUGAUGUACCAUGCGAACUUGGCAACCGACCAAAACUUCGCCCAGAUCAAUAUCAAGAUUUCUCAUGCCAUGAGUCAGCUGCUGGGCACCCCCUUCACGCCCAGUUAA